CUGCACCAAGAAUGGUUUUUUGAAGCCCUGCACCAGCUUUUUCAAAAUGUCGACCGCCUUAGCAGCGCAGCUGUCAAGAAUAGCUGCCAAUUCCGAGAGUUCUUUAAAUCUCAAAGCGCAAAAGGCGAAGCACUCGAAAUCUCUAAUUUUCGAGCCCAGGAUAGCUGCCUCGCAGAGCUUCGAAACUAUUUACACAUUAUGCCACGAGGGUUUUCAGGAAUUAUGUCUCCUAGACGGUCGAUUUGCGGAAUUUCAGAGAGACAUUUUCAGCGAACGCAGCCAAGAGAAGGAUCGGACGCAAUUGACAGCAGCAGAGAAUACUGAGCUGAACGCAAGAUUGGAAUUAUUUCUGGGGUUGGUUGGAGGUCGACUGAGACUCAAUCCAGCAGUAAAAGCUGUUGAAUGGCUAGUUCGAAGGUUCAGAAUUCACGAGUACAAUACCCAGUUUGUUCUUUUGACCUUCCUCCCGUACCAUACUCUCCCGAUAUUCACAACUCUUUUAUCGAUCUUGCCGAGCGCCAUACCCGAAGAAUGCAAAUUCCUUCAGCCCUAUAUUCGAUCCUUGACACUCCCUCCGAGGCACCCUAUUGUGCAGGCCGCUACAAACAAUGUUCAAUUUGCUUCGAGCCUCAACAAUUACGUGCUACGGAUAUGUCAGGCACGGCAACAUUACGCAGCACUAUUGGCGUUUUGGGCAGGCAUAAUGACCGAAGCUACAGGUGGCAUGUUGGAUAAGGCACGGUCAGGAAUUAAGGCAGUGCAACGGCAAAAUGAGCAGGAAGUCAUCUUGAGGCUCUUGCCUACACUCAACGAAGGGCUGGCUAUGAAGAAAAUCUCGGAUCUCCGUGUGGGGUGUUAUAUGCUUCUCUCUGUGAUGGCAUCCAAAGGAGGACUGGACGACAAGCUCCUGACGGCUAUGAUGGAAGCCGUUGUCCUUGGCUGGACGAGUGAGACUAUAGGGCCGGGUCUGGUAUGUCUGUGCGUCCUUGCACAACAUCGAGCAGCAGCUCAAUUGACAAAGAGACUCACGAAGGAGCUAUUAAAGAUCCCAAACCUCUCGGCUCUUUUUGUGGAACACUCGAAACAGCGUCGUGUAGACAAUCUUGCCAACGGCCUCUGCCUUGCACUGGUGGAUCGACUCCGAAAAGUUUCAGAUAUUAGCGGUAUUCCUGUCAUUCAAGAUGUCAUUGAGCAUGAUAUAUUAAGUGAUGCUCAAUGUUGUGUCAUUGUUAAGGCGCUAGUCCUCGUCGCAUAUCAGAUUGAAGACAGCACCGAUGCUCAACGACAAGCACGCUCUCAUUUGGCCACUCUCCUGGUCACUCUCACGCAGAUGCCUGGACGCUCUGGCUCUUUAGUGGCAAGAGCAUUGGCUGAUACCGAAGUCGAUAUGGAUGAGCUAGAGUUGAAGCUUCAGAUGGCCAUCAGACCCGCUGAGAGAUCUGAACUUCUAUCUGAAGAUGCCGAUUUGGAAGAUUCCAUAGAAAACGUUUCGGGUCCGACCUUCAACACCAUUUUAAGCCAGCUUCCGAAAAAGACCGUCAACGAGUUGUCUUUCUUAUCCCACGAUGCUUCGCACGUAUAUCCAGACCUUUGCCGGGCCUUUCUUGCUUCUGCAUCCAAUCAAAUCGACAUGAAGGCUUUCGACGAAGCUCCAAUCUUGCGGCGAGAAUCGGCUUCAGAAGAUACCUUAUACUUUUCAUUUUACAUGAAGACCUGGUGUGGUCCAUUUCCCGUUAUUACACGGGCUUCUGCACUUCAGAUGGCCACACGAAGCUUAUCGAGUCUCAAAGUAUCCGACGAAGAUUUUCAAGCUGUUUUACCGUACGCAACCGCUGCUCUCGGUGACCCUGCCGCCAAAGUACGUCGUGCAGCCGCGGAACUCAUCAUCGCAAUCCGAGAAAAGUACCCAUCAAGUACGGAAACGAAGAAAAAGUCGAAACAACUUCGCCGAUGGGCUUCGGGAGACUUGUAUGGACUAGGAGCUCAUACCAGUGACUUGGUGUGGCUAUCACCAGAAGUUGUAGUUCGUCUCCUCAACGAUAUGAUUGUUCCAGCCUUGGAGGAAUGUGUUCUUGACCAAAACCACAUCGAGCAUGUUUUUGAAAAGUCACUGAACAGCUUAAAGAGUACGGAAAGCACCAAGAAAUCAGACGUUGGGCGUCUUCCACAAGCUGCAAGAGCAGCUAUUUUGUCCUUCUUCGCUGGCCAUGCCACGCAUACACCCCUUUUCGGCGUGAAGCUCAGACUGCUCAGUGUUCUGAAUCAGGUUCGAAGUGUAGCAGGAACAUCGAGAACCAAAGCUCUUCUUCCCGCUCUCCAAGAAUGGGCCUCUCUAAAUGUCACCGAGGCCCUGAAACGAUGUCAGGAUGAACAAGUCGAUGUUUCGGAGCUGAACAAUCAGAUGCUCUUGAUUGUGACCCCUAGUGACAAGGAUGGACUCCAAUUUCUAGCGAGUAUCAUCAGCGGUGAUGUGGCCUCCGAAAGAUCUGAGUUGAUGAAAGCUACUUUCACAAGACUACGUGGCAUGUGGUCCUCAAUAAAAGACGAAUUACGAUUGAGUACGGCUCAGAUGCUCAUGGACUCGGCUCAAUCGUCUGGGAAAGGCAUGGCAGCACAUCGCGAGUUAGCUGCAGAGGGCUCAGCUGAGCUCCUACGGACGAUACCCCUGCCAAGUGAAGUCCUCCUUACUUUCCUUGAGCAGCUUCCAACAGCUGCGAAGCUUGCAGAUAAGUCUCCUGCUACAAAACGGCGGAGAACUAGCCACGGCGAAGUGGCGCGGGCAACGCUACAAGACUCGACACAGCUUACUACUGCUAUAAGGAAAGUCACAUUUGUGCUCCAAUUGGUUGAUAGUUCCGAGCCAGCUAGACACCCUGAGCUACUUAAAGGGCUUUUCAGUAUCUUGGCGGAGUUGCAGCACUUUAAAGUCCAAGUAGGAUCUGAACUCGCGUAUCUGCAAGGCUUGGCCCUAGGUAGCCUUCUUGCUAUACUCAAGUCACACAAGUCAGAUCCGAGCCUGAAACUUGAUCGCUCUGCAGUUCGUGCGGACCUUCUCGUUGAUUGCAUACAAAAGACGUCCAGCCCGCAAGUGCAGAACGCCGCACUGCUUCUCAUUGCAGCUCUAGCUGACACGGCACCCGAACUCGUGCUUCACAGCGUUAUGCCAAUUUUCACUUUCAUGGGAAGCUCGGUAUUGAGACAGAACGAUGACUACUCUGCGCACGUCAUUAGUCAAACCAUUCGUGAAGUCAUCCCCCCUCUGAUAUCAUCAUUACGGAAAGAAAAGAGCAACCCAGUCACCGGCGCCGCAGAACUUCUAUUGAGUUUUGUGGCCGCUUACGAGCACGUUCCUCCCCAUCGUCGAAAAUCGCUCUUCGCAUCUCUGGUCCAGACUCUUGGCUCCGAGGAUUUUCUCUUUGCCCUCUUAGCCAUGAUGGUCGACAAGUACGGUUCCACCGAAACUAUUAAGGCAUUCGCCGCUGAGUUAUCGGGCUCGUUCGGUGUUGAAGUGCAACUGCAAUCCACUGUCAAGUAUCUCGAACUAGUCGGCGAUGUGCUAAAACCAAAACCGACGUACUCAACCACCUUGCUCAGUGCCAACGAUGAUAGCGAAUCGGAUGCCACCAGCAUUGCACUCAACGAAUUGGCUCUGUUGCCACACCUGCUAUCUCAGAAGCGUCUUGUCGCACAAGUUGCCAAACUACUCGAACGUGAUGACAUGGACGCAGCGAGAAUUCGAGACCUCUACUCGAUCCUCCUAGAGAGCAUUCUCAAUCUGGCUGAUUCUGUAAAAGAACAAAAGCGAUUACACACCGCUUGUGGAGAUGUUCUUGAAAGUUUGCUUGGCCUUUUGACGACGAGCGAGUUUGUCAAGUCUGUUGAGGGCUUGCUUGAUAGGCCGAACGAGACUUUGCGACGCAAGAUUCUGCUAUCCUUGAAGGUUCGCAUUGAUCAAGAAAGUGCCUCUGACAUUGCAUCCCGCACUGCAAUGCUCGGGUUUCUACCACAACUCACAGCUAUCAUUCGCGAAUCGAAAGAUGUGCUGUACAAGCAUACUGCAGUUGCUUGCGUGGACAAGAUUUCAGAGAAGUAUGGCAAGAAGGACCUCGAGGCUGUAGCAGCGGCUGCCCAGACAAUUGCUGGACCAUACUGUCUUGGUCAGCCGGAUAGUCAUUUACGCGUGAUGGCUCUCUUGUGCCUUGCUUCAUUAGUCGAAAUCCUUCGUGAAGGUAUCGUUUUGGUCCUCCCAAUCGCCAUCCCAAAAGCUUUGGAGUAUAUGACGUCUAUUACAAAGCCCGAGGUCGAAUCCCAGAAACUGCUCAAGGCCGGCUACGCUUUCAUAAGUGCAUUAGCACAUCACCUACCGUAUAUGAUUUCUGGAGGCUACUUAGACAAGCUACUCGAAAUAUCCAACUCGUCCGCUGAGGCUGAACUUGACGAUGAGACCCACGAAGCCAGAGUCCAGUGCCUUCAGCUUGCUGCGAAACAAAUCGACGCUAAGAGCAUGUUCGCGGCUUUGGAGAAAAACUGGGAGCGUGCGGCUUCAAUCGGACCAUUGGCUUUGCGUGAAUACCUUGAAGUCCUUAGUACUGCUAUUGAUAAGCACCAAAAGAGCGUUGUCACCAAGUACUCGCCUAUUCUCUCGAAAAUAUUCCAGAAUGCAUUUGAUCUCCGGCGCCAGUGGACUGCCACUGACGAUGAUCGCUUCUCAGCCGAUGCAAUGUCCGAAAUUGAAUCAGCUGUCAAUGAUGUGGCAAUCAAGAUGAUCUACAAAUUCAACGAUGCUACAUUCCGACCCAUCUUCUCUAAUCUCGUUGACUGGGCUGCGUCUUCGCUACCUAAGAAAGACAAACUUGGAAGGAACUUGCGCCUCCAAAGCAUCUACGGUUUCAUGACAGUCUUCUUCGACAACCUCAAAUCGAUUGUCACCAGCUACGCAACUUACCUACUUGACAAUGCCGUUGAAGUACUAAACGCCGUCAAUCCGAAAGACGACGUAUCCAAAGAACUCUGGUCUAGAAUACUGCAAACAUUAACCAAGUGCUUCGAGCAUGAUCAAGACGAUUUUUGGCAGACUCCUUCUCGUUUUGAUGCCAUUGCCCCUGUUCUUUGUGCUCAGUUUACCCACGCCUCGACUCUGCCACUCCUUCAAGACCUAAUACCUACUAUUGUCGAGCUCGCUGCCGCAGCAGAUUCGCAGGACCACCACAAGGAGAUCAAUAGCGCCAUUCUAAAACACAUGAGAUCUGAAACAGCGAGCGUUAGGUUGGCUGCUAUCAAAUGUGGGCAGCAGUUGACUGACAGAUUGGGUGAGGAAUGGCUCUCUAUGCUUCCAGAGAUGUUGCCGUUCAUCAGCGAACUGCAGGAAGAUGACGAUGAUGUGGUGGAGAAAGAGACACAUCGAUGGAUUGUAAAGAUUGAGAGUGUGUUAGGAGAGAGUCUAGAUGCUAUGCUUCAGUAAUAUACCUAUGAUACCAUAGCAUUGCCGUCAGAGUCUAUCGUGGAUAUAGGUAUAUUGGAAAAUCAAAAUGUCCGUCAUGAAGUCAAGUCCUCAGCCUAAGGAAAUAGGCGCACCCAUAUUCGUCGUAGUCAAAGUGACCAUGGCAUACCUCUUCGCGUCCCCCAAAUUCUUCUUGACUGCCUCUGCAUAAAUU